CAUCGCUGCUAUUCUUUCAUGUGUGUGAAUGAUAAAAUAAUUUAGUUUUUGUAAAAUUUAUGUAUUUAUCCGUGACAUAUUUAUUGAAAUGUAACAAAAAUAUAAACGUGCUUGUUCAUUUAUUAUUUUGAAGACCUUAUUUUCCCUUAGAAGGGCAAUAAAUAAGCAGGAUGUCGAGUGAUGAGGACAAACCUCCUGCGCCUCCUGUGCGCCUCACUAGUAAUAGAGCCACUGACCGAGGGGACUCUGUGGCAUCAGUGGACAUGAGGCCACUGCCAAAAGAACCUGAUGAUAGUGGUGAUAGAAAAAAGAAAACACUAAAAGCAAAAAUUAAAGGCUCUAAAAGUACCGCCCAUAAUGAUAAUAAACCCAAUAUUAGCUAUCCAACAAAUUUUGAGCAUACUGUGCAUGUGGGAUUUGACGCAGUGACUGGAGAAUUCACAGGAAUGCCGGAAGCAUGGGCGCGGUUACUGAUGGCUUCGAACAUCAGCAAGCAAGAGCAGAAGAGCAAUCCGCAAGCCGUGCUAGACGUCCUCAAGUGGUACGACGCCUCUGCGACGCAGCCGCCCCCAUCCAAAUACAUGACCUCAGCUCAGAUGCACACCACUCAUUCCGGCUCGUCCGUAUCGAGGGUGUCUUCUAGCAGCCCGUCGUCGUCAACGCCCACAGACACGGAGCACCCCGAGCCGCCGCCUCCGCCGCCGUCCCGGCCCGACCGCACCAAGAGUAUUUAUACAAAACCAAUAGAGGAGGAAGAGGCGCCGCCGCCGCGACCGGCGCCCGCGCCCGCGUCCCCGCCGCACGUGCCUCACCCCGCUCUCACCACUCAUUCGAUAUGCAGCAGAGCGGAGGUGGGCAGCGGGCCGGUGCCGCUGGACCGCAACAAGAACCCGGCGGGCGCCGCGCCGCACACGCCGCCGCCGCACGCGCCGCACCCCCCGCACCCCGUCCACCCGCCGCCGCCCAACGGCGCGCCUGUUACUACAGAGACUGGAAGAGCAACCGGUCAGCAGCAAAGGAAAAAGAAAAUGACAGACGAAGAGAUAUUAGAAAAAUUACGAACAAUAGUCAGUGUGGGUGAUCCAAAUAGAAAAUAUACGAAAAUGGAAAAGAUUGGUCAAGGAGCGUCGGGAACGGUGUACACGGCGAUCGAAACGUCAACGGGGAUGGAGGUGGCCAUCAAGCAGAUGAACCUGAGUCAGCAGCCGAAGAAGGAGCUCAUCAUCAACGAGAUCCUCGUCAUGCGGGAGAACAAGCACAACAACGUCGUCAACUACCUCGACAGCUAUCUUGUUAAUGAGGAGCUAUGGGUAGUAAUGGAGUACCUAGCAGGCGGUUCUCUAACGGACGUGGUGACGGAGACGUGCAUGGACGAGGGGCAGAUCGCCGCCGUGUGCCGCGAGGUGCUGCAAGCGCUGCACUUCCUGCACACCAACCACGUCAUCCACCGCGACAUCAAGUCCGACAACAUAUUGCUGGGGCUCGACGGGCAGGUCAAGCUGACUGACUUCGGGUUCUGUGCACAAAUAUCACCCGAGCAAAAUAAGCGGACUACAAUGGUCGGCACGCCUUACUGGAUGGCGCCUGAGGUUGUUACGAGAAAGCAGUAUGGACCAAAGGUGGACGUGUGGUCGCUGGGCAUAAUGGCGAUAGAGAUGAUCGAGGGCGAGCCGCCUUACCUCAACGAGAACCCGCUGCGCGCGCUCUACCUCAUCGCCACCAACGGCAAGCCCGACAUCAAGGACAAGGACAAGCUCAGCGCCGUCUUCCAGGACUUCCUGGACCAGUGCCUCGAGGUCGACGUCGACUGCCGCGCCACCGCGCUCGACCUACUCAAGCACCCGUUCCUAAAGAUGGCGCGGCCGCUCGCGUCGCUGACGCCGCUGAUCAUGGCGGCCAAGGAGGCGGCGAAGGGCCAUUAGCGCCGGCUGCCGGCGCCGCGCGCGCCCCCCACGAACGAUACUGACCCAUUGUGAUAAUACCCGUGAAGUAUCCCUAGCGAGACGCCUCGAGCGCGUCCCGACGCCGCGAGUGUCGGUCAGUCCCUCCCCCGAGCUAUUCUAGGAAGAAAAUUAGAGCAUUUUUUGUGCGGGUGCCGGCCGCCGAAUAGUGACCAUAUUUUUACAAGGGAAGCGCGGCUCGGCGCCCGAAGCGUAGUGACGCUCGGUAGCAUAUCUCUUAUUGACGUGUUUCGUUCGACUGUUAUUCCGUGGGAUCGAUUAGGAUGUAGAUACUAGAUAGACAUUAGUUACUUAGAUACGAAUUGAGAAACUACGAAAUAAUCUAGCUGCGACCGAAGACUGGCAGUUACGUUUAGGUGAUCUUGUAAAGUAUAAAUAGUAGAAUACGGUAGGUCCGUUACGUUUAGUACUGUUUCAGCUUUCACUGUGAUGGUAGCUGAUAAGGAAGCGGUAGGCGGAAACACUUCAAUACAGAGGCGAGGGGCGCGGCCCGGGGGCGGCGCCCGUUGAGCGAUGGUGACCGAAUGAUGUUUGAGUGAAUGAAUGGGUUACGCAUUUUCAUUAGAUACUUGUGUAUUUUCGUAACAGAAAAUUAAGUAAGAUGUGAAAGUAAUAUUUUAACACAUAAAUUUUAUUAUGGAGUGACGAAAUUACGUAAUAUUUAUAUAUUAAUUUUUAACGUAUUAAUUAUAUUAAUGAUUUGUUGGCUUCUAUUUGCUUACUUGCUUAUGGUAGUUAAAGAUAGUUUAACCGGUGUAUACAAAUUAUUUAUUAAAUCGUCGGAUAUGACUUCUUAUUGAGAUUAUAAUUGAGGCGACUUUUAUUAUUUUAGUCACGCAUUAUUUCUAUGGUUGAUAGGUAUUUUUUAGAUCAACAGGCAAUUAUUAUUAUUACUUUGAAUUUGUUUGUUUGUAAUGUUUUGCGACUGAUGUUUGUUAGCCUGCCAUUGCAUUGUGAAUGUAUGCAUUGUCUUAAGCCUACAGCAAAUAUAUGAUCCUAUGUGUCAUUUACGACGCAGAUAACUGCGAUAUAAUGUAAUUUCGCUUUGUCAUUUCCUAAGUAUUGUCUUGAGUGUCGGAAUUUGUAUCCUGUUUUACCUCAACUCUAGUUUCAUUCUGCUUCUAGUUAAACGAUAUUAUGCAAAUGAUUCCUAGUUCUUUUCUCAUAUUUCUAUUUUAAAAGCCAAUUUAACUUCCACAUGACAGGUUUGUAUAUUUGUUGAAGGCGGCCUAUAAAAUAUUUUAAUUGUAUCAUGUAUUGUUAGUCAUGAAGGUAAAGCAUUUACGUAGUAUUAAGUUUAUAAAGUUUAUAACAUACAUUGAUUAUGAAUAGCAAAUUCACCAUAAUGGCACAAAACUGUAUUUCUAAGGUUUCAUUGACGAAUCCAUUCAGUCAUCAGAAAAACAACAUUUAGAUAGAUCAUGAUAGUUGUUUUAUCAUCUAAUUACACUUUAUAUUACGACAAUAGUAACCUAGUUAGUACCUAUUUAAUAAAUAUUUCUAAAUACAGCUACAUGAAGUAUUUUUGCUUUUAUAUUAAGACUUGCGGUCUCUCUGCUUUAUUGUUUAGGUUGUGCCGACAGACGCUGUUAAAUUUUAUUUUGUCGUGUAUUUACAGUUUUAUUGGUUAUAAGGUAUGAGUGUUGAGCGAUGUGCGUUUGAUGAAGACUUGUUUUGGGUAGGAUGCGCGGGACAUUAUCUCGUCUGCUGUAAAUAGUACAGACACAGGUUAGAAACGAGUAGUUCACUCAUUGACAAUAUAAAGUGACCAAUUAACGCUAUUUAGUCUGUGCAGUCGUUCUGGGUUGGUGCAGUUAUUCACAUCCUUUUUUAUUAAGUUUUGGCACUGCAUAUGCUACGAUUAACAUUUAAACGUAAUUAUUUUUAUUGUAAUGUUAUAAUAAAUAUAAUUUCAACGGAGUGACGUAACAGUUUACGCUAAUUUUAUUGAUUUACGGCCUAAAAUAUUUUUAAUAAUUAAUCAUUGAUCGUUUUGGCCUAUCGCUAAUACAAUUAUUGAAGAAUAUUAAUUAAAUGCACCAACCAAAACAACAUAAAAUACUUGUGCAAUAAUGUAGAAAUGUAAAAAAUAUAGCCAAAUCUUCAAGAGAGCUUGAACAAAGUUAUUCAGUAUCUAUAACUAAAAUAUAAAUAAGAAGUGUAUUAACUAUGUGAUCAUGAAAAUGAAUUUGAGUAUGGAUUAGAGUAUGAUAAGUUGAGAAAGUAACUGUAAUUAUGAAUAUAGUUUAAGUUGAAAUGUAUUAAUACAUGUAAUAGGAUUAUUGUACAAGACAUUUAAUGUGAUUAGAACAUUUUUCAUGAUUUUGUCAGUUGUAAAACACCAGUGCCAUGUAUGAGCAACUUGUGCAUAUUAAUUACAACCAUACUAUAAUAAAAGACUCACCAUGAUCA